CUUAUUGGACGAUAUCUGACUAUGUUGAGAAUAGAGUGUAUAUAAUAAAUUAUAUCUCAUUAGUUCUUUUUUUUUAAUAAAAAUUAUUGAUAACAAAUUUUAAAAUUGAUAGAAUAUAAAUAAUAUUUUUCCAUGUGUAAUAAUAAAGUUACUUUUAUUCAUGGAGAAUAAUACAACCUGUGUUUUUGUUCGAGAUAAUAUACCGCUCAAAGAUUUUAAGAGGUUUUUAAUUCCUUCGGAAAACAUUCAUCACCAAUAUUCAAGUAUAUAUUUUACAAGAUUAAACGCAUUAAGGGAUAUCGUAAUACAAAAGGCAAAAACAAAAUGGGCUCCGUAUAAAAUAAUAAAUGUUUCAAAUCUUAUUGAAUUUCAAGAAAAUGAACCCUGUAUCAUCACAGGAACUCUUUAUAAGCAUCAAGAACUUAAAAAGUCUGCUUUGCAAAUGCUUUCAAAAGAACUGCAAUUUUGUCCACAACCAUUACAAUUUAAUUAUGAAUCAUUUAAGAAUAUCUUAUUUUUGGAAGAUGAAACAUUAAGAGUAAAAUUAACUGGUAAUCAUAUGAAUAUACAAAGUAUCGUAACUGGAAUUGUUUGCGCUAUGCUUGGUCGUCGACAAGAGAAUGGAACAUUUUGGGUAGAGGAUUGGUGUUUUCCUGGUUGUUGUUCAGCCCCUUCUACAUCUUGUAUAUCAAUAAGAAAAAAUAAAAUGAUAUUAUUAGUUUCUGGAUUAUCUUUGGUAAAUGAUAUAAAUUCAUUUGGAUUGACUCUCUUAUCCGAAUGGAUUAUAGGAAUGGCUGGAAAUUCGUGCGUACAAAAAGAAGCUGCACAUAUUGCACAUGUUAUUAUAGCUGGAAAUAGUGUAAAAGGUUUUAUUGAAACAUUUAAUCAUCAAAAUUAUUCGAAAAAACAAAAAUAUAAUGAAAUAACGAAGGAAACUAAGGUGGCCACUUAUAGACUUGAUGAAUUUCUUAAAUCCAUCGUAAAAUGCUGUUGCGUAACAUUAAUGCCUGGUGAAUUCGAUCCUGCAUGUCAUACAUUGCCUCAACAGCCAUUACAUCCUUGUUUAUUACCACAAACAAUAAGAAUUUACAGAUAUAAGAGUUUUAAUAGUGUUACUAAUCCUUGGAUUGGUUCUAUUGGAUCUCGUAUUAUAGCUGGAUCUAGUGGACAGCCUAUACAAGAUAUUAUGAAAAUUGCUAAUCUUAUAGAAAAUAGUCCUUUAACGUGGUUAGAGAAUACGUUAUAUUGGCGACAUUACGUACCAACGGCUCCUGAUAAAUUGUCAUGUUAUCCAUAUUUUAAAAAUGAUCCCUUUAUCAUAAAAGAAUGUCCAGACAUAUACUUUGUUGGUAACAUGGAAGAAUAUGAUACAAAAGUGAUAUCUGAUGAAGGACACAUAGUAAGAUUAAUUUGUAUUCCAAACUUUUCAAAAACUCAAACAGUUAUUUUGCUUGAUUUGGAAAGUCUAGAAACGUUUCCUGUUUCAUUUGAAGCUAAUUUAUGACAUUGAGCAUACUUCUUUAUAUUUUAUACUUAUUUUUAUACAAU